AUGGAUUUCUACAAUUGGGAAGAUAUUAGAAUAGCAAAAAAAAUACUUACCAGCGAUCUAGAUGCAUUAAAUCUAGAAAAAGAUGAUAAAAUAAAGCCAAACAGUUCUGGAAACUCUAAAAAGGACAAGCUUAGUGAUUUAAUACUAACAAUAAAAACUAUUCUGAGCAACAAAAUUGAAAGCAAAUUGCCUCAGUAUGCUGCUCUCAACCUUUUUAAAAUUCCAAGCUCAAAAAAAGCUAAAUUUGAGUCAAUUCUUGACGAAAAGUUAAAAAAAUUAGAAGAACUAUUUAUUAAAGAAAAAAACAUCUUCCGAGAAAUAGUAAAUGAUGCGGCUAUUAACAAUAGCCCAAAAGUAGAAAGAAAGCAGCAAUCCGAUUGCAAGACCGAAUCGAGCAAGCAAUCUGACUGGUCAGAGAUUGUAAAACGUAAAAUUAAAAAGAGCUCAAAUGUUCAACACGUGGCGAAUGUUCAACACGUGGCGAAUGUUCAACACGUGGCGAAUGUUCAACACGUGGCGAAUGUUCAACACGUGGCGAACAUCAACAUGUUGAAAACAAAGAAAAAAACACACAACACUAACAUAGCAAAUAUGAAAACAGUUAUAGGCACCCAAACUGAUAAACAAACAAAUUUGAAAGCGAUGAAACCUUCGCCAAAAAGAAAAGUUUUUUACGUUGGUCGAUUGGACCAACAAUGCACUGCAAAAGAGUUAAGCGAACACAUAAAUGGAUUGAAAAAUGAGCUACACCUUUUACUGCAGUUUUUACAAGAAUUCAUCACUUCUGAUUUUGUUAAGAGUAGCUUGUGUGAAUGUGUGUUGUGUGUGCGUAUAUGUGCAUCAAACUUCAAGUUAAGAGCAAACAACAGCAGACACAUACUCACGCAGUCGAUAAUACCUCGGCCGCUAUUAGCACGAAAUCAAAUUAGCAUCCUUCUACACGGCGUAAAAUUUUUGCCAAAAUUUUACGUUCAACUCCUCGAGUUCUUCUCUGAAAAAAAAACUUCUGAAUAG